AUGUUUGCUAAAUCUGCCCUUCGUAUCUCUUCCCGUUCCAUUGUUGCCCGUCGUGGUAUUCAGACCACUCGCGUUGCCAAGACCGAGGGUGCUAUCAACACCUCCCGUGGUGGUUUCAGUGACAAGGAGAAGGCUGUCGAGAACCAGUGGGCCUACACUCACGAUGCCGAGAAGCUCAAGAAGUUGCGUGAGACCUUGGCUUUGACCGAAAAGCAUACCGCUGAAUUGAAGAAGCAUCUCGAUGAGUUCGAGCAGUCUAUUGUUAAGAAGUAAAUCCCUUGCACACCGCAUUUCUUGUACAUUAUACUCUCUAUAUCUCUAUCUCUUUCUCCCAAAAACAAAAAAGACUUUAUACUACAUAAAACCGAAGACAACCGAUUUGUUAUAAUUUAUCAUUU